AUUUAAAAGCUUUCCACCAACACCUGUUUACCCCGCUAGACCUGCCUGGUGGCUCUGGCCCCGCCCCGCUCACCUCUACCCACUCACGCCUGAGAGACAGCAUUUUCCUCCUUGUAAGCAUGAGUGCUAAACUGUGGACAGAGGAGCAGUUUAACUGCCCUGUGUGUCUGGAGCUCCCAAACGAUCCAGUCACCAUCCCCUGUGGGCAUAGCUACUGCAUGGCCUGCAUCAAGGACUACUGGAGCAAGGACGACCCCAAGGGGGUCUACAGCUGCCCCCAGUGCCGCCAGACUUUCUGCCCCAAGCCCUCCCUGUCCAGGAACACCAUGCUGGCUGAGGCCGUAGAGCAGCUCCGCAAAGGGGCUCUCAAAGCUGACGUGCGUGAGUCUAUGCGAAGCGCCCGUGGUGCUGCCGCCUCCUCGUCUAGACCCAAAGGGAAGCUCUCCACCACAGCAGUGCCAUGCGACUUGUGCAAAGAUGAACAGCGAGCAGCGGUCAAGAGCUGCCUGUCGUGUAUGAGCUCAUACUGCGAAUCCCACCUGAAGCCCCACAAGACCAAGAAGUCCCUGAAGCAGCAUGAGCUGAUCGCACCCACGGGCAAUUUGGCUGAGAAGAUCUGCACCCAGCACAAGUACCUGCAGGAGUUCUUCUGUCGCCAGUGUAAAGUGUUUGUCUGCUGGCUGUGCACCAGCAACCAGCACAAAGGCCACGAGAGUGUGUCCACCAAGGCCGAGCGCCUGGACAAACAGAAAGUUAUGUCGGAGAUCCAUGCACAGAAUCAGCAGAGACUGAAAGACAGAGAGCAGGAGCUGAAAGACAUGAAGACGAUGAUUGAGGCGAUGAAGCGUUCUUCAGACAGGGUCCAUGAGGACACGGAGCAGGUGCUGUCGGAGCUGCAGCGCUCAGUGGAGCGUCUACAGGAGCUGCUGGAACAGGUGCUGGAUGAGGCCAGCCUGGAGAAGCUGGGCCAGGCUCAGGAGGUUGCCGACAGCCUGGAGGCCGAGGUCAAGGAGCUGAGGAGGAGGGACACGGAGAUGAAGGACCUGGCCUGCUGUGACGACCACAUCCACUAUCUGCAGACAUAUGAGUCCAUGUGCAGUCCCCUGGAGUCCGGGGACCUGCCCACUGUGGUGGUCAAUCCAGAAGCUUCCUUUGAGCCUGUACGAGACGCCGUACUGGCUAUCAAGGAGCGAGUGGAGGACCUGUGCAACGAGGAGCUAAGCAAGAUCACCAAACAAGUCAAUGACACAACACUGUUCACUUUGGGAGACCCCAACCGGAGUGCAGGACAGAAAGGAGCGAUUUUUAAAUUCUUUUCUGGUCUGGGUUCUCGCAACACAAACAACCGUUCACCAGCUUCCACACCCAGUAUCUCAGUUGGAGCACGGAGUACAGACAGACGAGGACUUGGUAUAGGGCUCAAAAGUCAGGAUGUGAGGAGCAGAGACACACCACGAGGAAACACGAGCUCACCCAGACUUCGGGACAGACAGAGAAGAGAGGAAAGAGAGACAGAGAAGGAGACCAGACCCAGCCCCACUCCCAGCCGCAGAGAGUCUCAGUCUCUUUGGAGCAGGUCCAGUCAUAGCCAGCGUGUCCCUGCUGCAGCCCCGACCCCAACUCUGACUCCAAUCCCAGCCACUCCAACUCCUUCCCCAACUCCUGCUCCUGCUCCAUCUCCUGCACCAGCAUCAACUGGAGGUUUCAGUCGGAUGGCGUCGAUCAGCAGCCUCUUUCGCUCCCAUCGGCGUGGCACCAGCCAGGCCACCCCAGCUACCCCAGCCAAUAACUCACCAUCUGCAGGAGGAAACCCAUGGGGGAUUGAUGCUCUGCCUGAAACACCAACAGGAAUUAACCCCAGUCUCUUCCUGGACUUGCCCACACCUGACACCGUGAUGCACUCUCCUGCUUUCCCUGCAUUGAGAGAAAUCAACAUUGACAGCAUCCAGGCCCCAGAGCCGAGGACCAGAGAGGAGUUCCUACAGUACACUGUGAUGUUGACCCUUGACCCAAAUACGGCCCACCGGCGGCUGGUUCUCUCCGAGGGCAACACCAAAGCCACCCUGCAAGGGGCAUCGCAGCCCUACCCCGACACUCCCCAGCGUUUCGACGGCUGGACCCAGGUGAUGUGCCCAACCCCGCUGUAUGGCGAGCGCUGUUACUGGGAGGUGGAGUGGAGAGGCCGGGGCUCCUCCAUUGGCGUGGCCUAUGGGGCGAUGAACAGGAAGGGCUCAGACGCCAGGUCGGGGCUCGGUUACAACGCCCAGUCCUGGACCCUGGAGCUGUCGGACACCUGCUGCUCAGCCAUGCACGAAAAUGAGAAGAGGGACAUACCGGUCACCUACUCGCCCCGCCUGGGCAUCUACCUGGACCUGUCCACAGGGACGCUGGCGUUCUACAGCGUGGCAGGGAGCAUGACACACCUCCACACAUUCCGCGCCAACUUCACCCAGCCUCUGUACGCUGCCUUCGGCGUUGGCAGUGGAGUCGGGGUCGGUCUGGACUUUGCCCUCGGCCAGUUCAGCUCCAGCUCUGACAGCAUCAAGAUCUGUCCCAUAUGAGGAUGCAGGAUGGAAGGCAGUGAUUAGCGGACAGGGGUGGACAGUAACUAAGUACAUUUACUGAAGUACACAUUUGAGGUAGUCUACUUGUACUUUACUUGGGUACUUUCUUUUUAUACCACUUCCUACUUCAACUCCACUACAAGUUAGUGGGAAAUAUUUACUUCACUUAAUUUAGCUGACAGAUUUAAUUACUAGUUACACACAACACAUGAAGCUUUAAUGAUGUUAUGCUAUAAAUUAAACUGUGCAACAGUUUAAACAGAUGAAACGAUUGACAGAAAUAAAUCAGCAAUGUCAUUUUUCA